UUUACAUUCGAAACGAUGGUUACCACAAUAACGUUGCAACACUGUGGCACAGAAAACCAGCUACGUGCGCCCAGGCCAACGUAUCGACAGCACAAAAUCGCCUCUAGCGGAAUUUUACAGAACUGCAGCAACCGCCUGAUCAAUCCAAGGACCUCCCGGGAAGGAUUGGGUGUCCCCAUUAACGCAUGCCUGGAUGCGUGCUUGAGUAACACACCACAAGCGUCACGUAUACACCCAUCCGCGCGUCACAAACGAACCAUGGCGACAUCUUGAAACGAGCAAGAAACUCUCAAGACGACCCGAUAAAGAAAGGGGACACACUUAUAAGUUCGGACCCUGGUUUUUAAAGAAGUUUGCCGUCUUUGUACUUCGUUAUUGUCUACUUGACGCCGGCAUAUGUUAGACAACUACCUGUGGAUGCGCGGCCGGACAGAGGCUUCGCUAGUAUUCUACAACAACACGAUGGAGUAUACGACAAGGAAUAGAAGAAGGCAAGAUGUCGUCUAAGAUGACUUGGAUUUUCUGCCGGUGUCUGCUUCUUCUGAUCUUGUCGACAGGAUGUUCAGCGGUGACGUUCACCUACAGCAGUGCGUCAUACACCGUGAGCGAGGACGCCCCGGCCGGAGCUUACGUCAUCACGUCUGGUGACGUCACGGUCACGUGGACAAGCAGCGGUGGCACCACGCCGUUCGAGAUCAUCAGUCCCGUCGGCUCAACUUUCCAAGUGGAUUCCACGGGAGCGCCACAUGUAAUAAAAAUGGCUACAGCUCUGAUUGGCUCCGAGUCGCACUGUCCUCGCAACAAUGACAUGGCAACCGGGAUCUAA